AGUGUCUCCAAGAGUCGCACGCCCAAAAGUUGUGUUGAAGUUUAGCUGCUUAAAGUUGAAUCGAAAGUACUCUUUAAGACGGUUUAAAGUGGAGGAUUUUCUACAACGUCUGAAUCUCAUUAGUCGUUAUCAGUUUAGUCAAAUCAUUUCUUGAAAAUAAUUUAGUAAUCUAACUCAUUGGAAAACAAUCGUAGUUUGAAAAUAACUGCAAUAGUGAAGUGUUCGCCAGAAGUGUAAAACUGUCGUUACAUCGUGGUCAUUGAAGUGACGUGAUUCGCUUCAAUUCGAUUCAAUUUUGAAAGAUCUAUGCUAGACGUGAAAACAAAAGUGACUUCAAAAAAACUUAAGAUCGCACCAUUAGCUGUAACAAGAUAAAGAUUCUUGGCAAGAACUACCGGGUGUAAAGAUCAUAUAAGAAGAUGCAGGUAUCACGGAUCUGUGAAUGGGAAUAUCCGACGACAGGUUUUCUGCAGAAGCCUCUAACCGGGACUGGCAGGUCUUCCAAGCCAUAAAGCAUUGAUGGCGAGUGGCGGCUCGCGGUAAAGCUGCGCGCCGUUACCGGGACGACCAGAGAGGGCUGGACCAGCGCUAGCGCGUUUCCAUAGGGAGAGGAGACGAGGGUUGCGAAGAGGAGUGGGUGGGCGCAGUGGUGUGCAUCCGGGGGAUAGGCCAUCGUCGAGAAUUUCGCAGAGAUGGAGUUUCUGCAGAAUCAUCACUCGGUUAACACCUCCGAACCGCCGUAUACCCUCGGCACAGGUUCCGUAGAUAGCAUCGAGGCGACUAUCUCAUCUAGCCUCUGCUCUGGAUCUCUAGGGGUGCUUUCGAGUGACGACGCUCUCUCAACCGACAAUCAGAACGAGGAGGCAGCCGUUCUCGGCGCUGCUCUGCAGGGCACGCUACGCUUGCAGGACCUGCAGAGUUCGCCGACAGAUAUUGGCGCUGACCAGGGCCAGCAACUUCCAACUUCUGGUCAGGCCGUGAACGAGUUCGGCGGUAGCUUUUGGGUUGACGACAUGGCAGGUUUCCCUCUACCCCCGUUGGACUUGGACCCCUUGCCGCCAGGAUUGUUCAGCCCGUGUUCAGGAACGUACAACUGGGGCUGCUCACGGGGUGAAUGCGUGCCAAGGACGAGCAACGGUGCAAACGGCGAGGGCGUUGCCGACGUUCUUUUAUCCCUGAAACACGCGGUGGUGCAUCCCGGAAGUCCGACGGCCGGCUAUUACACCACUGGCGCCGGCUCCGCCGCCGCUCAUCAUUACUCGCAGGAUUACGUGCAGAAUCUGGGCCCGUCGGUUCCAGGUCCGGGUCAUUAUGGUUCUGCAGCCGCCGCCAUGUCCGUCAACGUAUCGAUGAACAUGACCAUGAACAUGAAUAUGCACUCCGGAUACGAACAAAGUUAUUCGUCACCGUGGGGCGUGGAACCUCUCCUAAGUCCCGCCCCGCAGUACGGCAAUCCGGUGGAGGUGGCGGCGCAAACGACCGCAAGGGUGAAUCAGGGCGCGCCGGCCAAUAGCGGUCUGAUCGGUCAUCCCCAUUCCCACCCCCAGCCGCAUCAUAGUGGUGGCCGACUGCAGCUUGGGGGUGAACACGCAACCUGUGUAAAUACCACGGGUCCGACCGCGAGCGGCAUCACCUCCGAUGAUAAUGGUAGACCCAAUCUGUGCAGGAUAUGCGGCAAAUCGUAUGCCAGACCUAGUACUCUCAAAACUCACCUGCGUACUCACUCUGGAGAGAAGCCGUUCAGGUGUCACGCGUGCUCAAAGGCAUUUAGCCAAGCGGCGAAUCUGACCGCACACGCGAGGACGCACUCCGGUGAAAAACCUUUUCGUUGUCCAGUGUGUGACAGGAGAUUUUCGCAAAGCAGCUCAGUAACCACGCAUAUGAGGACACACUCGGGUGAACGACCCUACAGAUGUCGAUUCUGUAAGAAAGCGUUCUCCGACAGUUCAACGCUUACUAAGCAUUUACGUAUACACUCCGGCGAGAAACCGUAUCAGUGUAAGCUAUGUCUGCUUAGAUUCAGUCAGAGCGGUAAUCUCAAUAGGCACAUGAGAGUCCACGGCGGUUCCCUGACGUGACACAAUCCGUCUGCACCAGUACAAUCCGCGAUGACGAUGAUCGACGACAGUAGUGCUGCACAUUCAUUGCCCAGAUGCUGUCGAAUACCUGUGAUUCGAUUAGGAACAAACUCGCCAGAAAAGUAAAGCAUAGCGCGACUUCCAAUACAUAAUGUUUACUUAAUACCAGUAUGAUUAAAUCAAAAAAGAAGUUUCAAUAUUGGUGUAAUCAAUUAAUUUAAUGAAUACGCGAAAUCGACGUGAAUAAAUCAUGAAUAUCUUUUGCAUCUCCACGACAUCAAGAAAUCUGAAUUCAUAAAGUUACAUAUUAUACAUUAUGACGGAAAUCAGUGUAAACUGUAUUAUUUUAUAAUUAAAUUGUAACGAAAAAUUAUUACAACGUAAAUUAUACCAUAAAUUAUGCAGAAAAGUUGUAUGUUUUUGUAAGUAAACAACUUUAGGAAAUUUAUAUCGACUCCGAACCUCAAAAUGUAAAGUCGCAAUGAAAUAUUCCAUAAAAUCCUUUGAUCUGAUCGAUAGCCAUGUUAUAGAUAUUAAAUAAUAUUAUGCAUCCGAUACCAAUAUUUUACUAUUUUUAAUAUUAUAAAUUUUUAACAAAGGUACAUUUUAAAAUUAAUCGAAUACUUUUGGACUUUUAUUCAGUUUUCAUUUUACUUCUAUCUAUUACGAGGCAUAAUUAAAAAAUAAGAAUUAGUCGAUCAUUAAAAACUAAAAUGGAAAAAGUUUACUGAUAAAAAGUACGCACUUGUUCUUUUUUCAAAUAUUUUUCAUAUUAGAGCACUAUUUUUUCCAUAUAAAAAUUUGCCACUCGGGAGUUCAGUCAAUUCUGCAGCAUUGCUGAUUUUUAAAUUUCUUUUAUGACUAAAAGAUGAAGGAAAAUGAGGUUUGUUGAUAAUGAAAGUCGGUUUCAUGGCAAUGCGUGUCCAUCCUCGGCAGUCUACACAAUGUAAAAGACUCAAUACUUUCAGUGGAAACUUAAAGCUCUAGGAUACUUGCUGCGGCAUUCCUCCAUAUUGGAAUGUAACGUUAGAGGUGCUAAAUGAUAUCCUGAGAAUUUUUGCGUGCCAUUUUUAAAUAAAGAGAAAAAUAAAAAGAAACACUUUAAAUGGCAUCAGUACGUGUAUUAAAUUGUCCGAAAAUUCUUCUUCCCUUGACAAUUAAUAAACAGCAGUAAAAAUGAAAGUGAGCCGAAACCUAGUCAAACCUACUCCAAGCUGCAUGACUAAGCUUCGAGUCACAUUCAUUUUACUGUUGUUUCAAUCAGGGAAAGAGAUAAUUUUCGGAUAAUUGUUUAAGUGUGCUAAAACGAUCUGAAAUAAUUUUUCAUCGAAAUAAGAAGCACCUUCGUUCUUCUUCGUUUUAAACGAGUGAGAAGCUAAAAACAGCCGUGCUAAAUUGGUUGAAUUCCCAAGUAAUAGACCUCUGCUUCAUAGAGAGCAUAAAAAACUGAUGCCCCAAUAGUAAGUAUUUAAAAAAAAAACCGUGACCAUGUAGAAAAGUAUAGGAAUGUAAAUGUCCUUUCACAAUUGAAUACAAUAUUUUUAUUUUAAUUAACUUUUUAAUGAUUGGGAGGGAUUAGUCCUUUUAAAACGCGCCUCGUAUAAAUAGAAAAAAAUAUUUUUGUUUUACAAACAUUAUCCUUUUCGUGUUUUUUUUUUAUAAGCAUUAUUUCUUUCCACUCGCCUCACAAAUCGAUAGGAAACAUUACACGAUUUCACAAAUCAAACCCGGCAGUGAUAUUAUAUAUUCUGUCGUUAAUAAAAAAAAUCGCUUCUGACCUAUAUGUUUCAAUAAUAAUAGGCUUGCACGUACCAUAGACAUAACAUAUCUAGAGCAGUGGUGGUAGAGGUUUACGUUGAAAAGGACAAACUUUGUUUUGUGCCAUUACGUUCUCUCUCGGUCGGAUGCAAGCGAGAGAGAACGAAAUAGCAGAAAACAGAGUUUGUCCUUUUCUACGUGAACCUCUACCCCCACUGCGCAAUGCUCCGCCUAAAUAUAUUAUGUCUGUAGUACAUACGUACACUCAAUUUUACAUACAUAUCGAUCAGAUUAGGAUGCGUAUGAAUUGGGAUGAACAAUAGAGUCGAAUGUGCAACAUAUCCAAUAUGGCACAUCACAAAACAAAACUCCGCCGAUAUUAUUGUACAAAUAUUGUAUUUAUUAUAAUUAUUAUUAAUUAUAAUAAUAAUGUUGCUCGUUUAUCUCGACAUCACCUUCUCAAUUAAUUAUUCUAUCAUCGAGUGUAUCAAGUGACUCUUUCUUAUAGUGUUGUUGUGGUUUGCUUCUCUUUUAUUUAUAUAUAGUUUUUCUAUUUAGUUUAUAACCGCAAUGAAUAAAGACGCGUGAUCUUGGUGCUGUUGGUUUUCUCUCGUCGAAGAACGAAAAAUGAAAUAAAACAAAAUAGAAAAAAAAAGAAUGAAUAUUACAGAAUAAUCUUCUAUCUAUACAAGUAUAUUCGCACGAGAAAAACUCAUUAAUUAAAAAAAAACGGGUUAUUAAUUAAAAGCAAUUUAUCUUAUUAUCUCUCUCGUUCGUUCGCUCUCGCUCAUUUAUAAUUCUGUAAUAUCAAGGAUUAUUUCUUGCUUCAUCUUUCUCUUUCUUAGGGAAAGAAAUACUUCGAAUAAUCCUCUCUGGCGUCAAUUUAAAAUAAUCUUCUCUCAAUUGAAAUUAUAUAUAAAUGAGAACAAUUCUCUCCGUAGUUUUUCUCAAGUAGAAUAGCUUCUCUCUCUCUCUCUCUCUGUCUCUCUCUUUCUCUCUCCCUUUCACUCAUUUUCACUCACUCUCAUUCUUUCUAUAUAUAUGUAUAUAUACUUAGAAAUAUGUCAUUAUACAUAUAUAAAUAUACAUAUAUAUAUGGGU